GAAAAAUUCAACACAACACGUUUAAUAAUCAAUUAAGUUAAUAGCUUAUAUAAUAACCCCCUCAACUUCUCCACUUUCCCUCGUUCCUCUUCACGUUCACAAACACCAAUCAAAGAAUCAAGAAAAGCGAUUAUGGAAGAAGAAGGUUGCGAAUGCAGACCCCUGGGUUUCUUGCUUGGAUUACCCUUCGCUCUCUUGGCUUUGAUUUUAUCUCUAGUUGGAGCAGUUAUCUGGACUUUAGGUUCUAUAUUGAGUUGUUUGUGUCCAUGUUGCAUUUGCUGUACUGGAUUGGCGAAUUUGGCUGUGAGUCUUGUGAAGCUUCCGAUUAAGGUUCUAAGAUGGUUUACUCAUCAAAUUCCUUGCUAGAUGAUGAUUCGUAGGGUUACGACAUUGACUCGUUUUUUCUUUGAAUUUGUUUAAUUGUGUGUGAUUAAUUGGUUUAAUUAAUUAUGAUAUUGACUCGUUUUAGCAAUUUUUAGCAUUAAUUUUUAUUUAAUUUGUUUAUUUGUGUAUGAUUAAUUGGUUUAAUUACGAUA